AUGUCGUGUAUAUCUGUCAAGCGCCAACGGGAAGAUUCUUUUGAAAGGGCGGAUUUGGAUUGGCAUUGGGAUCGGAAGAAGCCGCGACCACUACCUUUUCGAACCUCUCCCACGUCAAAACACACCACUCUGUUUUCUCAAACUCACCAAUUCUUUGAUACCCCCACCGAAUCCUCAGAUGAUGACGACAAUGGAGCAACUUCAGACGUUGCUAUGGCGCCUCGAUACCAGACGGGGAAGAAAGAUGACAUGACAUAUCUUUCGAUCAGAGUGCAGCCAUGUCACGACAACGACUCCGACGUCGAGAUGACCGACCUACCCCGUUCUUCCUCCUCGAACACCAUCGCUCCAUGUUCAACAGCGGAGUCAACGCCCAAUUGGUCCGGGAGCGUGAUGUCAUCACCAAUCCCGCAUCGUUUGAUUGUCCAAUCUCUAAAUAUCAGCGGUGGCCGCACUGCAACACCCAUCUAUGGACAUUUCACUGCAAAUAUGAGCCUCAACGCUAUGAGAGAGGACUCCGGUAGUGCAAAUGGUACUUCCGGGUUCGUGCCUCCAUCCACCACCAUUUCUGAUAGCACCAAUGUUGCCACUUCUAUCGCUUCGUCUACCAGAUCCUUAGUUGUGUUAUCAGAUGGAGAAGACCGGUGGCGUCCUCGGAGACUCCCAAGCCCGAUCAGUGAAGGUGAAAUUUCCCCAAUGACCACUUUCUCCCAGAUAGACCGGCAUUUUGAAAGCACAACUUUAGUCACUGCAAACAAUCUCCGAAAAUCUUCAUCCUUCACUCACCCCUGGGAGAAAGAGCCCGCAGACACAUCUACCUCAGAACCGCAGCAACUCUCUUUGACACCGCACCACAGCCUAAAUCACAAUGUCACAUCUGCUGCUAAUGACACCCCUGGAAAUUCUACCUUCAGCGAAUAUACUAAACAACCCGUCCCCGAUCAAAAGCAGAGGUGCCACAUCGAUGAUAACCCAUCCAUACAUACCUGGAGCCGACAAGCAGCAUACGAUAUUGCAUUCUCAGAAAAUAGAGAUACAACCACCCCUCAGAGGAAGAAAUCCAGCGGUCCGAACAAAAUGAGUAUUGCCAUGGGUUACCGUGCCGAUUGUGAUAAGUGCCAGAGGCGUGUACCGGGACAUUAUAGCCAUAUUAUUCGCGGGUGA